UGAAGAUCACUUUGACGAAUCAGUCCGGGUCUAGAUUAUUAAAUUUCGCGUCAUCAUUAAAUGUACAUCGUAAAUUAAUUAUGUUAAAAUGUGGAGUGUUUACUGAUGAGACGAUACGAUACCUACAUCGGUAAGAAAAAGGACGAGCCGGCUUCCUCAAUCCUCAUGCAGCUGUGCUUCGGCACCCCGGCCCAAGUCAACCAGUGGUUCCGAAUCUUGGCUGAACCGUUGCUGCCAUCCACGACAGAGAAAUGGCCUGUCUGCGUGACUUCAUCAUCAUGAGACAUGAUUUCAGCAGAGCGGAGGUGAUCCAGCUUUAGCUUUACUGCAUGGAGGUGAGCGGCAGCUGCUACUGCCUCCUAGUCCCUGGCAGCCGGCGUCGUUCACCAUGGGGCCCGAGGUUCCCCUGCUCAACGACUACAAGCAGGAGUUCUUCUGGAAGCGAUUCCCGCAGACACUGCUGGGGGGGCCCCGGCUCAAGCUGGGCUACUGCGCCCCGCCGUACGUCUACCUGCACCAGCUGCUGCUGUUCCUCACGCCCUGCAUGCUGGGCGGGGUGGGCACCGCGCUCUACCAGGUAGGCGUGCUGGGCGAUGCCUACGCCGCCACUCUCUCGGGCGGACUCAUGCUGGCCGUGGCGGCCGUGCUGCAGACGCUGGCGCAGUGCGUGGCGCGGAGGACCGGCGUGGUCCAGCGCCUGUCGGCGCAGCAGAACAACAUCUUGGCGGACGAGGAGGAGGUGGAGUUCUCACACUGCGUGGCGCCGGAGACCGUGCGCUUUGUCGUGCCGGGCAAGAAGUUCAUCGUGAACGUGGUCCUGCACACGCUGUUGGCGGGCAUGCUCUGCGGGCUGGGCACCUGGUACCUGCUGCCCGGGAGCCUGAGCUCGCUGUACGGGGGCAUGGGGGCUGCCAUGCCCGUCUUCGCUCUGAGCUGGGUGACGCUGUGCAGCGGGGAGUACGCCCUGAUUGUCAACACGCCCCCAGAGACGGCCACCUUCCAGCCCCAGGACACCUAUGAGAUCACAGCACUCACCAGGCCUCUCUACAUCCUCAUCUUCAUAGCCGUCGACCUGGUAUACAGGUUGACUGACCCCAUGAAUGAGCUGCGUCUGGCGUGCCAGGUGCUGCACGGGGUGUUUGUGGUGCUGCCGGUGCUGUGGGCGCUGGGCACGCUGCCCCCUCCGGAUGCCCUGCUACUCUGGGCCAUGGAGCAGGUGCUGGUGCUGGGGCUCGGAGGCUCGCCCAUGGCCACGAACCUCAGGCUUCUGGUGAUGUUCCUGAUCUCGGCCAGUGUGGCGGUGAGCGCCUACUUCAUCCCGUCCUCCCUGGGGGUGGUCCUCUUCACCGUCGCCAUGGGAUACCUGCUCAGCCAAGACGGCAGCCAAUUGGGGGCCCUGUGUGGGCGCGUGCGUCCCCAGGCUAGAGCCCUCUCUCUCGGCCUCAAGGGCCUGCCACUGGGCUUGCUCUUCCUGGCCGGGUCGAUGGCCGACGGGGGGCUGCUCCACUACUACCUCUACGAGCCCUUCAAUCAGACCGUGAACGUCACCACCCUGGAGGAGGACGCCGCCGGAGCUCCCGUAGAGGUUCUCCCCUCCGUCAGGCUCCAGGGGCCUCAGGCUGCCGUGGGCUACGUCCUCAUCUGUCUGUUCCUGCUAAGCCGGGGCCUGAGGGAGAUCCAAGGGGUGUUUGUACUGGGAGGGACCCUGCGGAAUCCGCUGUACCCCAGGCAGACGGGCUGCUCACAGGCCUUCAGACGCAGCAGCAGGGGGCUCCUGCUGGCUGGCUACCUCAGGAGAGCCCUGCUUCAUCUGGUGGCCCCGUUUGCCAUGAUUGCGUUCCUCGCCUUGGAUGCAUCUUUGCAGGAUCUUCACACGGCAUCACUUGCGGUGGGCUUCACGCGAGCUUUCAGAAUGGUGUGGCAGAGCUCGGAUGAAGCUCUUCUCCAGAUGGUGAUUGUGGUGCUGGCCAGGCUGGGCUCUGGAGGGGCACCGGCUACAGGAUGGCACGGCCUGGGCACAGGCAUACAGCUGCUGGUGAUUGGCUUGCUGAUUGACCGCGCCUCCCAGUUCGUCUCCAAGCUGCGCUUUGCCCUCACCGUCAUCGUCACCUCCUGGACAGAGACCAAGCAGCGGCGCCAGUCCACCAGUGCCAUGCUGGUGGUGAACGCUGUGCUCUUCCCCCUCCUGCUGGCGGAGCUGGUGCUGUCCGCUCUGCUCUCGGCACCCCUGCUGCCCCUCUUCACCCUGCCCAUCUUCCUGGUUGGCUUCCCCAGGCCGCUGCGCUCCUGGCCGGGCACCCCGGGCACGGCCUGCCCCUGCCCAGACUCUGUGUACUACCAGCAGCUCAGCACCCGGCUGGCGUCUGCUCUCAGAGGGGCGAUCGCGUGUGGAGCUCUUGGUGCCGCCCCGCCUGGCUCCCACUUCCUGUGUCGUUUCCAGGAUCGGGUGAUGUGGCUCACCGUGCUAGAGCGAGGUUAUGGCUACUGCACCCUCAACAUCAAGGGUCUGGAGCUGCAGGAGACGUCGUGCCACACCCUGGAGGCGCGCCGCAUGGACGAGGUGUUUGAGGCGGCGCUGGCCCAUCACGCCCCCGCGGCCCAAAGCCCCUGCUGCCGCCAGCUGCUGCAGCUCAACCCCCACUGGGGCAACACCCUCACCCCGCGCUGCGCUCUGCCCGUACGCCUCUACUCGGACGCCCGCAACGUGCUCACGGGCAUCAUCGACUCGCACGAGCACCUGCGCAAGCUGCGCGGCGACUACGUGAAGGUGCUGCUGUGGCUGCUACUUCAGCGCUGUGCACAGAGGGACCGACUCACGCCCCAGCAGCUCCAGGAGAAGGUGCCCCUCUCUCCUGGUGCCAACAGCAGCAGUUCCCUGCACGCCCUGAGGCAGCGCGACACACAGGUCUCCACCCACGUGGCCCCCUCCCACCCCUCGUUCUCCUCCUCCUCCUCCUCCACCUCUUCGUCCUCCUCCACUUCGCCGGACCAGCGCGGCAGCCUCAGCUCCUCCGCCGACUGGCUGGACGACGACGACCUGUUCGGGCCGCAGGUGGUGGCGCGCCGCCUGGCCCAGCAGCCACAGCCCCAGGAGAGGAACUUCUCCCUGCCGGGCUCCGUGGAGGUGCUGAGUCUUUACGAGAACAUGGCGCUGUCCGCCCUGCCCCCGCUGAGGCCGCUUGGCCUGGGCAUGCCAGCGGCGGACCGCGGUAGUAGCGGCGGAGGGCUCCACGAAGACCCCUCCUCACAGGGACCAGGGCAGCAGCAGCAGGGACAGCAGGGGCUGCAGCGUCGCUUCAGCGGCCCCCACUCGCAGCUUCUGCCUGGGGAGUGGCGCACGGCCCCCCUGGCCCCGCCGCAGAUGCAGCAGCUGCAGCCACUGGUGCCCUCGGACUGGUUCCACUUCGCGGUGGGCCGGGCGCUGCUGGCCUCAGCGGGGGGUCCGCACGCCGUGACGCUGCUGCAGGAGGAGAGGGACUCGCUGGAGCUCUUUGGGCAGGUGGCCCUGUCCUGCCUGGUGGCCCUGGGGCUGGAGGGGGAGCUGCCCAGCCCUGGCCUGGUGUUCCGGCUGUAUGGCGGGGGCGCCCCCUGGAGCGAGGCUCUGGACUGGCUGAAGGGAAGGAGGGAACUACACCAGCUGGCACUCAAAGCAUUUAGGUACAGUUUCAAGCUGCUGUUUGACCAGGCUAGUCUGGGCCCCAUAGACAGCCCUGAGGAGCUGCAGGCCACCCUGGAUGAGUACGAGCACCACUGGUACAUCGGCACGGCCUCAGACCACGGCUGGCAGGAGAGCGUACGCCAGGAGAAGCCUUUCCUCUUCUCCCUGGGCCACGACCUCGCCAUGGGGACGUACACGGGUCGGGUGCUGACCCUGCAGGAGCAGCUGGUGUACGUGGGCCAGGUGUGUGCGGAGGGGGUGCGGGGCCAGUGGGCCAACCUGUCCUGGGAGCUGCUGUACGCCACCAACGACGACGAGGAGCGCUACAGCAUCCAGGCUCACCCGGUGCUCCUGCGCAACCUGACCGUGCAGGCUGCAGACCCGCCCCUGGGGUACCCCAUCUUCUCAUCCGCCCCGCUGCACCUGGCCUGCCUCUAGCACCAAGUCUCCUCUCCACAACAUGCACACAUAUGAUGCCACAAAAUCAUGGAAGGAACUGGUUGUUGUUGUGUGAUGCCAAAAACUGAUUCCAGUUGUAGUUGUGGAUUGUUUUUGUAUGUAUAUUGGAAGAGCACCUUUAAGGUUCUCUUACUUUCUGGGAAGCAAAGGAGCCCUACGCUUACCUUGGCAGCAACAUUUACAACGUGUACCUGCUUCUCCUUUUGCCCAGGGGCAGAGAGACCUCAGACAAUUGAGCACUUAAUAAAGCAUGGCAUGGCUAAAUCAGGACCCAGUGUAUGUGAGAAAGGCGAAGAAGUCCCUUUUCAAAGGUUUUUACACUAACGGCACCUUUCUCUGACCGUCUGCAGGACUACUGGAAAUCUACAGCAGUUCUCUCCCUUUUAAAUGUGAACAGCAUCAAAUGGCCAUAUUUAUUACAUUCUCUCUUGAUAUAGACCGUCUGCUCUGCAUCACAGGGAUUCUUUUCAAUACCAUUCCCUGUUGCAUUCCAAUAUGCAGACUUCCGUCCUCCACUUGUGCUUGUGGCCUCGCGUUUUGCUGACUUAACACCUCCGCGGAGAAAACAAUGAAGUUUCCCCGCUGUCAGACUAGCCACAACAACUUGCAAAUGAGGAAAUGACAUUAGAAUUGCAAUUAGAUAUUGAAUUAAUUUUCUAUCAUCUGUGACAUCAUCAUGAGAUCACAAGAAGGCAAGUGAGCAAGGAAGGAUGGAAGUCUGCAUAUUGGAAUUCACCCACUGACCCCUCAACCCCCCUCCCUCCUUGAACACUAA